AGCAACACUGGGGCGUCUGCGUCAGGAGGGCGCGCGCACACACACUCUUCUCCACUCCACUCCGCUCUGCGCAAUUACGCGGAGCUCCAACCUGGCACAGGAGUCACUCACACACACGCACACACACACACAGGCUGCUCCUCAGCUCCACAUGGACUUCUAAAAUAUACAGUUAGAGGAUUAUUUACAGGACGCGAAUGUGGUGAUAUGUUUUGUACGCAUGUGCUUUGCGCACAAUCCUGAGUAGUUUACACCCUUUAUUUAUUUCAUUUUUCUUUAUUUUUCAUUUUAAAAUCGCUUUCUUUCUUCUCUAAAAUUGGCUCCCGUACAAACAGCCGCGUUGGAUCCCUCGGCGUACUGCGAGACUCCGGUGUACAACCCGGAUCUCUGCCCGAACAUGAUAGCCGCGCAGGCCAAGCUCGUGUACCACCUCAACAAAUACUACAACGAGAAAUGCCAGUCGCGCAAAGCGGCCAUCUCCAAGACCAUCCGCGAGGUAUGCAAGGUGGUGUCGGACGUCCUGAAGGAGGUGGAGGUGCAGGAGCCGCGCUUCAUCAGCUCCCUCAGCGAGAUGGACAACCGCUUCGAGGGCCUGGAGGUCAUCUCGCCCACCGAGUUCGAGGUCGUGCUCUACCUGAACCAGAUGGGAGUUUUCAACUUCGUGGACGACGGCUCGCUGCCGGGCUGCGCCGUGCUCAAGCUCAGCGACGGCCGCAAGAGAAGCAUGUCCCUGUGGGUGGAGUUCAUCACCGCCUCCGGUUACCUCUCCGCGCGCAAGAUCCGCUCCCGGUUCCAGACGCUGGUGGCGCAGGCGGUGGACAAAUGCAGCUACAGGGACGUGGUGAAAAUGGUCGCGGACACCAGCGAGGUGAAGCUGCGCAUCCGGGACCGAUACGUGGUGCAGAUCACGCCGGCGUUCAAGUGCACCGGAAUUUGGCCGCGCAGCGCGGCGCACUGGCCGCUGCCGCACAUCCCGUGGCCGGGACCGAACCGGGUAGCGGAGGUGAAGGCGGAGGGUUUCAACCUUUUAUCCAAAGAGUGCUACUCCCUAAACGGCAAGCAGAGCUCGGCGGAGAGCGACGCCUGGGUGCUGCAGUUCGCCGAGGCCGAGAACCGGCUGCUGCUGAGCGGCUGCAGGAAGAAGUGCCUGUCGGUGCUAAAGGCGCUGCGCGACCGGCACCUGGAGCUGCCGGGACAGCCGCUCAACAACUACCACAUGAAGACUCUGGUGUCCUACGAGUGUGAGAAGCACCCGCGGGAGUCGGACUGGGACGAGAACUGCCUCGGCGACCGCCUGAACGGGAUUCUAUUGCAGCUUAUUUCGUGUUUGCAGUGCAGGAGGUGCCCGCAUUAUUUCCUGCCCAAUUUAGACCUGUUUCAGGGGAAACCACACUCUGCGCUCGAGAACGCCGCGAAACAGACUUGGCGUCUGGCGAGAGAAAUACUGACCAACCCCAAAAGCUUGGAGAAACUCUGAGGUAAAAAAAAACAACAGAAAAUCAAAUAAAUAAACAACACUAAUAAUAU